AUGGAAUAUGGGGAUAUUCGUAAGCUUAUACUUUGUAUUUUAGCCGUUAUAUCUCUUUUCAUCGUUAGUGCAGCUGAUGUACGAGGUAAUAUCAAUGCGACGCAGCGUACGCCGACCUCGAUGGGGAGUAAUGACCUUUUCGUACAUGUACAAACCGGCGAGACUCUUUCAAUCGUUAUAGGCAACGACGUUCAACAUAUCACAGGUCCGGCAACGGUGCGCAUGGUAAAUCAGGCUGGAAUGUCACCAUCUGCUCUUCCGCUUCAUGUCCCGCCUGGACAUAUGGUUCAGCAAAUGGUUGACGAGCAGGGCGUCCUGCGCCACCUGAUUCUUUCACCGGAAGCUACACCAACAUCUCGUUUGAUCCCGCCUGCCCCGCCGCCGGCAACGAUCGGUACGAAUGCGCCGCCGCAUGGCUCGAAUAUUGCGGCGCCACUGAAGCCAUUUACGCAUGGUUCGCCUUCACCACCAAUUGUGCCUCCUUAUCCACCUCCAAUUCCGCCGUAUCCUCUCCACAACAAUGCCGAUUUUGUUGAAGAUGGCGUUAGGAAAAAUUGGAUACCGCAUGGGAAGAAGUUUGACGGGGCUCACAUGAUCCAAGUACCAGCUGGUAACGGCGAUGACCAUGUAAGUUCGGUUAACAACAAUUUGCUCAGAAUUUUCUCGUUGGGCAAACAGUGA